ACGUAACGGACAGCACCUACGCCAAUUGGUUAGUUUGCUCGGGGGGCGGGUAGCAAGCUGCCGGAGCGAAGCCGCGGAGCGGGGUCGUGCAGAGUUUGGGCUCUAACGAUGGGGUAAUUGGAAACAUCACCUAAAGCCCAGUCAGUUGGCCUGCUGUUGUAAAGAGUAAAGAUGGGUGUCCUAAGAAGCCCCCAAUGAAGAACCAAGACCAGUCCAGCUGGGUCAGAACCCAGGACAAGGGCAACACAAGGAGCAGGGACCGGCAUGCCCCAAAGUCCCCUGCGGCCCUGGCUGGGCCCACCGGACCACGGGAAAGCCUCCCCGUUUUCCUGUUUCCCACAGAGCUGCUGUUCUUCUCUCAGCAGAGCAGCUCUCACAGGAGGGUCCUGACCUUCUACAACCCUUACAGCUUCUCUCUACGCUUCAAGAUGCUCUGCACGGCACCCUCUCUCUACACAGUGGUGGAUGCAGAGGGAAGCGUACGGGCCAGGUCUUGUGUGGAUAUUGUAGUGCGUCACCAAGAUGUGAGCACCAGGAACUGGGGGCGCCGGGAUCGUUUCCGCCUGGAGGUGUGGGGGGGCGGACAGGGGGGCAGCCGGGAGAUCUGGGCUGAGCUGCGGGGGGGUCAAGAAGAUGACCAGUCGCAGGAGACCUAUCAGAGAAGGGCCGCAUCCCCCAGGAGGUCUGUGCCCGCUUUGCCGGAGGGAUACUGGAAUCAUGAUGGAGGUCGAAACGCUUCUCUUUUCGCUCUCUACGUGGUGAUCGGCCUGGUGUGCCUCGCAUUCCUAAUGCUUCCACUGCACAAUGAAUCCAGCACUUUGGUUCCCACUGUCAUGCACGUCACUGUCAUGCAGAAGCUUGUUUGUGCCUACGUACUCGGUAAGAUGCUUGUUUUUCGGUCUUUAACGUAUGCUUAAGAACGUUGUGUGCCAGUGAAACUCAGUGGUGAAUUAGCGUAUUUAAAGAGAGCUGUAAUAUUCUCAGGUGCCUAAGGGCAAGAGUCUGACUAUCGAAAAACAGCAGAGUUUGCUUUAUAAAACUUCUGAGUUGCGUGGCACUGAGUGGUCCCUCUGAGUGACAGCGGCCGCUCUGUCACCUCACGCUGUAGGUCUGCUUACCAUGGUGUUCCUGCGGUGAAGGAUGCCUGAGGAGCAGUUGGCAGCACGCAAGCUGUGGUUACAGACCAACACCGAGCAGCUACAUUGUUAAAAGGAAAGACAUCGCACCACUUGAAUGCUCAUGCUUGUGGUG